UCUAAUCUUCAGCUGCAAGAAAAACAAAUACAACACUUUUGGGUUCUGAAUACGUAUCCGGCAAUUUACCAAAAAGUCCGGACCAUGGCGCCUCCGGCUGCGCGGGCUCGCUAUAUAGCCAACAAGGCAGACAACCAGAUUACGUCGAAGAAGCCGCCCAAGAGACUGGGCCUAAAUGGCAACAAUAAAAACAAGGACGGCGCACCGGCCGGCAACAAGAAGGACAAGGAUACCAAGAAACGAAAGCAACCCGCCAAUGCCAAUCAGGAAAAGGGCACACCAAAUCCCAUAAUGCCGAGUGUGCAAACCGCCUUUAAGACUUUUGUUAGUGCCCGAUUGUGCAGCGCCAUUUGGGCGUACAUAGCCGACUGCGAUGAGACCUUUAACUACUGGGAACCGCUGCACUACAUCAUCAACGGCCACGGACUGCAGACGUGGGAGUACAGCCCGCAGUUUGGACUCCGAUCCUACACUUAUCUACUCCUUCAAGGCGUGCCCGGCUACUUUUACCAAAAGAUGUUCAACCCAAGUCCAAUUCUAAUCUUCUACAUGGUGCGAUGCAUGUUGGGAUUCGCCUGUGCCGUGAUGGAGCGUUACAUGUACAAGUCCAUUUGCCAGGAAUUUGGAAUACACAUCGGUCGUCUCUGGCUGAUAUUCCAGCUGUUUAGUGUGGGCAUGUUUGUGUCCAGCACGGCUCUACUUCCAUCCUCCUUUUCUAUGUACUUUGGAUGUGCUGCCUUGGCCGCCUGGUGGCAGCAAAACUAUUGUUUCGCCAUAUUCCUCACGGCAAUAUCCGCUUUACUCGGUUGGCCGUUUGCUGCGCUUAUCGGCAUUCCGUUGGUGCUGGAGAUGCUCCUCAGGCAGCGGGAUUGGAAGACUUUUAUUCAGUGGACUCUGAUAUCGGGAGCCACCAUUGCCAUUCCCAUGAUUGCCAUAGAUACGAGCUACUUUGGCAAACUGACAUUUGCUCCUCUGAAUAUUGUGUGGUACAAUGUGUUCACCAGCCAUGGACCAAACAUCUUUGGCACCGAGCCACUGAGCUACUACAUUAUCAAUGGUUUCCUCAACUUUAACAUUAUUUGGCUAUUGGCUCUGCAACUACCCAUCAUGCUGGUCAUGGACUAUCUUAUUGUUCCCGCCAAAUCGAAGUCGACGCUGAAUUUUCCCCACUAUAUCUCGCUUGCUCCCCUUUACCUGUGGCUUCUGGUUUUCUUUGCCCAACCGCAUAAGGAGGAGCGCUUCCUGUUUCCAAUUUACCCCCUUAUCUCUCUUUGCGGAGCCAUCACCGUGGAUGUGUAUCAGCGCAUCUUCUUCCGCAUCAAGUCACUGGUUUUCAAGAUCAAGUCGGGAGUUCAUUAUCUGGACCACAGCAUGUUUAUUGCCAUCCUGGUAAUGGUGACCAGCACUUUGCUUGGACUCUCCCGAGUGUUUGCCCUGUACAGGAACUACCACGCACCCAUGGAUUUGAUGCUGGAAUUGAACCAGUUCAAGGCGACGCCGCAAUACAACCCGGACUUGAUAUACAACGUGUGCAUUGGCAAGGACUGGCAUCGCUAUCCGGGAAGCUUCUUUUUUCCCGCCAAAAACUUCCGACUGCGUUUCUUGAAAUCAGAGUUUCGCGGCAUGUUGCCGGCCUACUAUGAAAAGGGAAGAAACGCCACCCAAGUGGUGCAUCCGUAUUUCAACGAUCUCAACCAGGAAAACGAGUACAUGUACUUUGACUACGACCGAUGCGAUUUCCUCGUCGACUUUGAUGAGGGCAAGUACACGGCUCUGGAGCCGAACUACUCAAAGCGAUCCAAAGAGUGGUCGGUGAUGAAGAGCCUGCCCUUCCUCAUUCCGGAGAAGUCGCACAAGGUGUUACGUGCCUUCUAUGUGCCAUUCCUGACCGACAAUCACAUUCAGUAUGGAGACUUCAACCUGCUCAAGCGAAAGACGAAACGCAAUGGCAGGUAAAGGCAUGCCCAGAUUGAAGGAGUGUGGAGUCAUGCCAUAAAAGCAGCAUUUUAUCCUUAGCAGACGGGGUAGUAUUGGUCUUUGCCAACUGAAUUCAUUCCCCCAGCGAGACAUAUUCUAUUUGAUUCAAUUAAUUUUUUAUUCCUGCAAAAUGUAAAAUCGUAUCUUCUUAGUCAGUCGACCAUUUGUAUUCCUAGUUAUUUUUGUUUUGCCCAUGCCAAAGUUGUGAAGAUCACCGGAAUCGAUGUAGAUUGUAAGCUUUAACAAUAUAAACAACGAGAUUCGUAA